AGUGAUUCAGCCUAAACUCAGCCCUAGUCGUCCACUAUGGGGCGCUCUUAGAUAAGGUUUACCACAAAUGGCGACCAUGAGUAUUUAUUAUUAUUAUUAUUAUUAUUAUCAUAAAAUCCACGCACACUCUGAUAUCAUUCCACAUCGACAUGAUAACAUGCACGAGUUUUUUUUCUUCUAAAUGUUCUUAAAACAACUUAUCAUUAAAAUGAUUCUGAAAAUAAAAGUAUCAUGGAGGUGUGUUUAUAAGCACCGCCCAUACGAACAAGCCCCACCCCCUUCUCCCACCCAGCCGUGCAGUGCAUUCUGGAGAACCGAGUCCUACAUCUUAAAUAAUUAAAGCAACAUCAUUCGUCAGCAAGAUGCCGGCCGUACACAAAUUACUGCUAGAGGAAGCUCUACAGGACAGCCCGCAGACACGCACGUUGCUCAGUGUGUUUGAAGAAGAUGCGAGCACUCUUACGGACUACAGCAACCAGUUCUUGCAGUCUAUGCAAAGAGUGUUUGGGGCACAGAAUGAGAUGGCCCUUGCUACCGAGCAGCUCUCAAAACAGUUACUUGCGUAUGAGAAACAGAACUUUGCUCUAGGGAAAGGAGAUGAAGAGGUAAUCAGCAUGCUUCAACAUUUUGCCAAAACCAUGGAAGAGCUGAACUCUCUGCAUGUUGAUUUGGCCACUCAGAUGGCUGAUAGGAUGGUGUUUCCCAUGGUGCAGUUCAGGGAGAAGGACCUGACUGAAAUAAGCACGUUGAAAGAGAUAUUUGGAAUCGCCACUGACGAGCACGAGGCCGCCAUGAUCAAGUACAGCCGACUACCCAAGAGGAGGGAGAACGAGAAGCUGAAAGCCGAGCUGGUGAGUGAGGUGGCGUACUGUCGGAGGAAGCAGCACCAGGCCUCCAUGCAGUAUUACUGUGCUCUUAACGCCUUACAGUACAGGAAGAGAGUGGCCAUGCUGGAGCCCAUGCUGGGAUACACACAAGCCCAGAUCAACUUCUUUAAGAAAGGCAUAGAGCUGGUCUCCAAGAAAAUGGACAGUUUCCUGGCUUCUGUGAACAGCAUGUCUGAGAGUGUUCAGGCGCAGUUGGAUGCUGAGGCAGAGAGCAUGCGUAUGUCUCAGAGAGAGCUGUUGUCAGUGGACGAUAUAGUCUACAUGCCUGACCAAGACCCGACACCAGUCAACCGCACACUCAUACAGAAAGCAGGCUACCUCAACAUUAGGAAUAAGACGGGCCUGGUGAGCACAGCCUGGGACCGGCUCUACUUCUUCACCCAGGGGGGGAACCUGAUGUGCCAGCCGCGUGGCGCUGUGGCAGGUGGCAUGGUGCUCGAUCUGGAUAACAGCUCCGUCAUGGCCAUCGAGUGCGAGGACAGGCGUUACUGCUUUCAGAUCACGUCACCUAGCGGGAAAACGUCUAUGAUACUUCAAGCUGAGAGCAAAAAAGAGUAUGAGGAGUGGAUCUGCACCAUUAACAACAUUUCUAGACAGAUCUACCUGACUGACAACCCUGAGGCUGUGGCCAUCAGGCUCAAUCAGACCGCCAUCCAGGCGGUCACUCCCAUCACCAGCUUUCAAAAGAGAGCAGAGGGUUCCCCAAACCCUGACAGGGCUAAGCCAGGCGCAGUGGUCCCUGGCAGUAUUAAGAAAGCCCCUGCUGUCCCUGAGCCUGAAGACCUGAUUGCCCCUGGGACACCCAUCCAGUUCGAUAUUGUCCUUCCAGCAUCCGAGUUCCUGGACCAGAACCGGGCGGGAGGGAGGCGCACGAACCCUUUCGGUGAGACCGAAGUGGACGGCCCUUCGAGUGCGGACGACUCCUUGCUACAGCAGGUGUUUGCCGUGCGUUUCCUGGGCUCUAUGGCAGUGCGCUCUGGACAUACACAGGAAGUUAUCUAUGAGGCCAUGAGGCAGGUUCUAGCUGCUCGCGCGAUACACAACAUAUUUAAAACCAGCGAGUCGCACCUGAUGGUAACAAGCAGCUGCCUCCGGUUGAUUGACCCUCAGACGCAGGUCACUAAAAUCAGUUUCCAGCUCAGGGACGUCACCCAGUUCGCAGCGCAUAAGGAGAACAGCCGGCUCAUGGGCUUCGUGGUGGAGGGGAGGGACUGGAGCGAGGCGGAUGAGGAAGGAGCGGUGUCCUUCAGCGCCUUUGUGUUUGAGAGCAACACUGAGGGAGAGAAGAUCUGCUACACAAUAAACAUCGGCAAGGAGAUUACAGAAGCUAAGAAGGAUCCAGACGCUCUGGCCGAGCUGAUGAAGUCUGUGCCGCUGACCAGUGACGGGAAGUUCCUGCUGCUGGAGAGCGAGACAGGAGAGGCGGCGAACGGAGAAGGAGAGGAUGACUUGGAGUCUGAGGCCUGAAAGUCCUUUAGGUUUCUCAAAGGAUAAGCGCUCACCUAGUUUAUUAUUUUUUUUCUCGUCUCUUAUACUCUAAUGAAGAUCUAAGGAGCUGAUCCUAGAUAUACACUUUACAUACGAACCGACUAUAGACUCUUAUGUUACGGUACGUUUACGGCUCCGCUCUAACACUCCUGACGUCUGUCUCGAUGCUAAAUACCAAGUUUUGCUCUUAUACAAAUAAUCCACAAACAGGGCUAAAGAUGGUUGAAGAAGGAGUUUUACAUUCUAGCAACUAAAUCAAUCCAGAGCAACAUCGUUCAUGCUAAAUACUGCACACCACUCCACUCUGAUCAGGUUCAGAUCAGAAUCUGGCAAAUCGUUGCCGUUUUUUUUUUUUUCCCUUUCCAUCGUGACCACGUUCACAUCGUCCUACGGCAUGAUCGACGACACGAGACUCUCUAAUAGCUGCUCUUCUCCGUUACAGUAAGGGAGCGCGACGAAAAGACGAGGCUAGCGAAGAGUACCGCUCAGUUCAGACUUCUCCUUGCACUUUCUCCCGACCCCUUCGCUCAAUAUAUUUCUCUCUGCAUACUUCAGGAUUUAGGAGCUUGAUGUAAAGGCGUACCGUUUUAUUACUCAGACGUACUGAAACCUCUUCAGGCGCGAUUACGCUACACGGACGUCCGAUUUUGCGUUUAUUGAGAUUUCUAGAUUAAAUACAUUUGCUAAGCACAUCGCAGUAAUAGAAAGCCCGUGCGCUUGAGUUUCGACACACAGUACUGCUUAGCUAGACUGGCAACUUUCCUCGCUUAAGGCACAGGAUCGAACGGCACUUCCCAGAGCUACGUAUACUGCAUGUUGAGUUUUGGGUAAUUGCACUACUCGGAAUGUAAAAGUAAUAGUACUGUAAUGUGGCUAAAUUCCACGCGGUUUGUCGAGAGAAAAUUUCUUUCCUCACGUGAUGACUGUGAAGCUGGUCCGGACCUCUGCGUGCCGAGUUACUUACUUACUUACGAAGAACGAGGCGUGUUUCAGCACACGUCACUGAACUAAAAUUUCUCAGGUCCUUUGACUUACAGAAAUACUUUUUACAUUCCUUUGUUAGCAUUUAAUCUGAAAAUUUCUCACCCAGGGUCUGGUGCUCUGUUUACAGUAAAAUGACAUGCACUUUGAGGUUUAAAAUAUAGUUUACAAUAAACAAAAUGUAGAAAAACGAAUACUAAAAGAGGAGAUUUAAAAAAUAAUUCAUUGCUAACAGUUAGUAAUACGAUCACUCCAUUAUAAUAUGCGUCGUUUUUUGUUUUUAAAAGCUGGCUGUGUAAAAGCGGAGUACAUUUUCAACGAGAUGGAGAUAAUACAACUUUUUGGGGGUGUUUUUUUUUGUCCACUUUACAUGUAAAAUAUAAGCACUUCAGUUUUUAACGGUUAAUCAUGCAGUGGCAAUAGUUCAGUCCGCUAAAUUCAGAACCACUUUAUUUCAAAUUAACCUUUAAUUUUGCAGCUUGUGUGGCUUCCUGACUCCAUUUCUAUUUCUUCUGAAAGGGCUUUUCUUCCCCCCCCCACUACAUGUUCCUUUAUCUGCUUGCUUAGCUGUAUUGAAAGAUAGUGGGUGUGUGCCUGCAGGCAUCAUUUUAAAUUAUCUGCUGCAAUCUGAAUCACGAGUUUGCUGCACUUUAGUAUUGUAUAUUAAAAAAACAAAAAAAACAAAUAUGGAUGAUAAGAAGUCGACACACCCCCAGAUAAAAUGGCAGGUUUUUGAAACUAAGAUAAAUCAUGUCCGAACUUUUUUCCCACCCUCGAUGUACAAUUACAACAUCUAAAAAAUUAUAUAUAUAUCUGAGACAUUUUAGGGGAAAAAUAAAGAAGUCACAGUAACGUUAUUGUGUAAAGUGUGCACACCCUUUUAUAAUAAGGGGCGUGGCGUCGGAAAGAACCAAUCACGUUCAGGCUCAUGUUCAAACUUAAUCAUCAUACAGCUCUCCUAGAUGAAAUGGUUCUGAUCCACGUCGUCUUGGUUCCGUCUGACCGCCGAAGCCACGCUCUGCAAAGAGCUGAAAAAGCGGGCAAGGCAUCUCGCUUGUCGAAAGAUCUCGAUCAGGACAGGGGUAUAAAAGAAUUGCCAAAACAUUAGACAUACCGUGGAACUCCGUGAAGGCCGUCAUGAGCAAGUGAAGAAAAUGGAGCACCACAGUGACGUCACUAAGAACGGGACGUCCGUCCAAAAUUUACAAAAGGACGAGACAAAAACUUACCUGGGAGGCUACCAAGAGACCUACAGCAACAUUAAAGGAGCUGCAGGAAAAUCUGACGAGUUCUGAUUACUCUCUGCAUGUGACGACAAUCUCUCGUAUUCUUCACAUGGCUGGGCUAUGGGGUAGGGCGGAUAGUACGUUGCGGAAGCACUUUCUCACAAAAAAACAUCCAAGCCCGACUAAAUCACCCCAAACCAUGCGGCAAAGUGUGUUAUGGUCUGAUGAGAUCAAUUCCAAUAAGUAUAAUAAUUCCAUAAUCGCAAAAUGUUUGUUUGGUGCAAAAAAAAAAAAAAAAAAGGCACCACCAAAAGAACACCACACCCACGGUGAAGCAUGGUGGAGGCAGCAUCAUGCCUUAGGGCUGCUUUUCUUCAGCCAGAACUGGGGCUUUUAUCAAGGUGUAGGGGAUCAUGAAUAGCUACAAAUACCCGUCAAUUUGAGUGCAAAACCUUCAAAUGAAUGUCACCUUUCAGCAUGACAACGCCCCAAAGCAUACGUCCAACUCAACAAAGCAAUGGUUUAACCAAGAGAUUAUCAAUGUUUUUGAAUGGCCUAGCCAGAGUCCUGACCUGAAGCAGACUGCGUACAGGAGAUGCCCCUACAGUUUGACGGCUCUAGAGCAUUUUUUGCGAGAAAGUGGUGGAAACAUCGCGAAGUCGAGAUGUGCCACACCGAGAGUCUCUUACACAAAAAGACGGCGUUCAAAAGCUGUGUAGGGGUGUGUACACUUGUGCAACUAGUGUAUUCACUCUUUGUAGACUUUCACAUUAAAAAGUGGAAAAGUUCUGACAUGAUUGAUUGACCUUAGUUUCAUUUUUUUUUUUUUACUUCACCCAAAAAAAACCCUACCAGUUUAAGAGGAGCGUGUAGACUUUUUAAUCUCCAUUGCGUACGUGUGGAACUGUUUCUUUCAGCACACACUAACUGUUGGCUUGUGUAUGAAUGCCGGCACUUCUAUACUUUAACUGAUGGCAAGCCGUUAAGCGUAGGAUCAACCGGAGGUCAGGCUUCGGCUGAUUAUCGGAGUCCGGAUGAGACUAUAAGGAACUCGAGUGCAUAUAAACGUCUCUUAACAACAACAACAACAUCCUCUGUCUAUCUGCUGCAGGCUGCACGAGUUUAAACAGACAAAUAAUGGCAUUUGAUGAAAGGUGUGUAGGAGCAGACGACUCCUAACACUAACUCCUGGUAUUGAUUAGAGCCACUGUCUAGAAGGCUUUGCACAAAAUGUUAAAGAAAAACUUUAAUAAAGCUCUGUGAGGAUUUCGAAGA